CGCCAGGUCGUGGGGCCGGCGGCCGCUCUGCGCAUGCGGAAGCGGCCGCCGGCUCCCAGCUCUCAGCCGGGCGGGGAGUAGCUGGUGUUUCUGAGAGGACGAUUCGCGAGGCGGGCCCUGGCGCGGGUCCCCCUGGGCAGCGCUCGGUGCGGGUCCCUCUCGUGCUUGAGCGGCGUCCGGAGCGCGGCCCAGUCUUGUCUUGCUGCCUGCCUGUGUGCGGAGCGGCCCGCGGCGGCCUGCAGUUGGCUGUCGAAAGUGCCGGGCCCCGCGCGGGCGCCGGCAGCCGCCGGGUGGGAAGGCUCAAGAUGGCGUGCCUGUUAGAGACCCCAAUCCGCAUGAGCGUCCUCUCGGAAGUGACAGCGAGCAGUCGCCACUAUGUGGACAGGCUCUUCGACCCUGACCCCCAGAAAGUGCUACAGGGUGUCGUAGACAUGAAGAAUGCUGUCAUUGGGAACAACAAACAGAAAGCCAACCUCAUCGUGCUGGGAGCCGUUCCCAGAUUGUUGUACUUGCUUCAGCAAGAAGCCUCCGGCACAGAACUGAGGACGGAAUGUGCAGUGGUGUUGGGGAGCCUUGCUAUGGGCACUGAAAACAAUGUCAAGUCUCUCCUCGACUGCCGCAUCAUCCCUGCCCUACUGCAAGGCCUGCUGUCGCCUGACCUGAAGUUCAUCGAAGCUUGCCUGCGAUGCCUGCGCACCAUCUUCACCAGCGCCGUCACUCCAGAGGAGCUCCUGUACACUGAUGCCACAGUGAUACCUCACCUCAUGGCUCUGCUCAGCAGGUCUCGCUACACCCAGGAGUACAUCUGUCAGAUCUUCUCACACUGCUGCAAAGGGCCAGAUCAUCAAACAAUUUUAUUUAACCACGGUGCAGUCCAGAAUAUCGCUCACCUGCUAACGUCACUCUCCUAUAAGGUUCGAAUGCAGGCUUUGAAGUGCUUCUCUGUUUUAGCUUUUGAAAACCCCCAGGUGUCGAUGACCCUGGUUAACGUGCUGGUUGGUGGAGAGCUGCUGCCGCAGAUCUUUGUCAAGAUGCUGCAGAGGGACCAGCCGGUGGAGAUGCAGCUCACUGCAGCCAAAUGUUUAACUUACAUGUGCAGAGCAGGAGCGAUUCGGACAGAUGACAGCUGUAUUGUGUUAAAGACGCUGCCGUGCUUGGUCCGGAUGUGCAGUAAGGAGAGACUGCUGGAGGAGAGAGUUGAAGGAGCCGAGACGCUCGCCUAUCUCAUCGAGCCUGAUGUCGAGCUGCAGAGGAUCGCCAGCGUGACGGACCACCUCAUUGCCAUGCUUGCCGACUAUUUCAAGUACCCCAGCUCAGUGAGUGCCAUCACGGACAUUAAGAGGCUUGAUCAUGACUUAAAGCAUGCUCAUGAACUCCGCCAGGCUGCGUUCAAGCUCUAUGCCUCCCUGGGAGCAAAUGAUGAAGACAUCCGGAAGAAGAUCAUUGAGACUGAAAAUAUGAUGGACCGAAUUGUGACUGGCUUGUCUGAGUCUAGUGUCAAGGUGCGGUUAGCUGCUGUCAGAUGUUUGCACAGUCUGUCCAGAUCUGUGCAGCAGCUUCGAACCAGUUUCCAGGAUCAUGCCGUGUGGAAACCUUUAAUGAAGGUUUUACAAAAUGCACCUGAUGAAAUCCUUGUGGUAGCAUCUUCCAUGCUAUGCAAUCUUCUUCUUGAAUUUUCUCCAAGCAAGGAGCCUAUUUUGGAAUCAGGAGCAGUGGAGCUACUUUGCGGAUUAACCCAAAGUGAAAAUCCUGCUUUACGAGUGAAUGGGAUUUGGGCCUUAAUGAAUAUGGCAUUUCAGGCUGAACAAAAAAUUAAAGCGGAUAUUUUGCGAAGCUUGAGUACUGAACAGCUAUUCCGGUUGUUAUCAGAUUCAGAUUUGAACGUGCUGAUGAAGACUUUGGGCCUUCUGAGGAAUCUCCUCUCUACUCGGCCUCACAUAGAUAAGAUAAUGAGUACUCACGGGAAACAGAUCAUGCAGGCUGUGACCCUCAUCCUGGAAGGGGAGCACACCCUCGAGGUCAAGGAGCAGACACUCUGCAUCCUAGCCAACAUAGCAGACGGAACAACAGCAAAGGAGCUUAUCAUGACCAAUGAUGACAUCCUGCAGAAAAUCAAGUAUUACAUGGGUCACUCACAUGUCAAACUACAGCUUGCCGCCAUGUUUUGUAUAUCAAACCUCAUUUGGAAUGAAGAGGAAGGUUCACAGGAACGCCAAGAUAAAUUACGAGACAUGGGCAUUGUAGAUAUUCUACACAAACUGAGUCAGUCACCAGACUCAAACCUCUGUGACAAGGCAAAGAUGGCACUGCAGCAGUACCUGGCAUGACGGGCACACCCUGGGCACCUGCGAGCACCCCACGCCCUUGUUUAAGGGAAGUACAGGAACUAGCCUCAGUUGAUUCCUUCUGUUUGCACAAGUCACCUUGGACUGCAGGGAGCUGUUUUUCAAAAGCAAUUUCAUAGGCUUAGAUCUCAAAUUCAUCUUGAGAACAUUUUUUUGAGGUAGUCAUUUCCGCAGAGGACUGUUGUGUUCUGUUGUGUUCUGUUGUGUUCUGUUUUUCCUGAGCUACCUGGACUCUUUAUUAGAACAAUCAAUCAUUUUUCUUUGGACCUACAAUUUUUUCCUAUGCUGCAGCCACUUUGUGAGUGAGAAUGAGUGUGUGGGGGGGACAUGCAGGGCUGAGUGAGUAUGUGUGAGUGUGUGUGUGAGUGAGUGUGUGAGGGAUACCUCAGAUUUUUCUUUUCUUAUUUUGUGUGAAAAUCUUUUCUACAGAUUUCCCAGGGUUUAAGCAUUGCUUGCUGUAUAAAAAACUUUACUGAAUUAUAUACAGUUUGAAUGAAAUGUUAUUUUAAAGACAAAACAAUUGUUUAGUGUUCCAUAAAAGUUAUGUUGAAUUUUGGUCAGAUGAAUAUUUGUAAGUAAAAAAAUAUAUAUAUAUGCAUUUCUGAA